AUGCAAGCCAUGCUGUGCUUGUCCAGAUACUCGAGAUGCAAGAGAUCUAUGCAUCUUUCAAAAGGGAGAAGAAGAUUGUCAAGAGCUUAUAAAUGCACAUCAGGCAUGUAUGAGGAGCUUGGGCUUCAAUAUCUAGAUUAG